GUUCUUCAGUGGGUGUUGUUGCAAUGGUGGUGUCGGUGGGACAUUGAAUGACUUUGGCUCCAUCGCGAAAUUGGCAAUUUUAUUCAUAUUAUUCUUGAACCGCGGGCAUGGAGGCUCUUAUUCCCGUUAUAAACAAGCUCCAAGAUGUUUUCAACACAGUGGGGGCGGAUAUCAUACAGCUGCCGCAGAUAGCAGUGGUGGGGACACAGGUAAAUGCCCUGACUGCUCUGAAUGUAAUUUAGACACAGCGGCUGUCAAGCUAGCUCGUUAACCUUGCUUUGCUGUGAUUGAUAGAAUGUACAGAGGGAAUAUUACUGGUCUUAUAAUAUUCAGAAAUGUAAAAAGUAUGCAAAAUGAUUUCACGAAGAAGCCUCUGUGCAGCUCUGCAGUACUGAAUAUUGAGCUGGACUGCAGCAAUCCUUGUAUGCCAAGUCUUCUCUGGCACCAGCUGUUAAUCUAUUUUCUAUCUUCAAUCAGGGCUAUUUCAAGAGACACAUCUCCGCACCACUCACCUCCGUCAACCAUAGACUGGUCAAAGCCAUAGACUGUAUAUAGAAGAGUGUAUACAGUCUAUGGUCAAAGCAUGCUGCUGUUAGCUCUGCACCUGACCCUGCUUGGUCAGAAGUGAGGGCCAGAGAUGCCUGAUCUGGUAAAUGUAGUCCUGGGUUUAUCCUCUGUUUUACUCAUGUCUCUGCACUCCUUUUGUGUCUCCAGAGCAGUGGUAAAAGUUCAGUCCUUGAAAGCCUUGUGGGUAGGGACCUUCUGCCUCGUGGGACAGGUAUCGUAACCAGGAGACCUCUCAUCCUCCAGUUAGUACAUGUGGAUCCUGGAGAUGCGAGGAAGGGUGAUGAAAGUGGUAAGUACCAAAAAAAAAACCCUCUGAUCUCAGCAGUGUUUUACACAACAGACUCCACUCAGACCUUGCCUCAAUACUUUGUCAAUAUAUUCCUGCAUAUAAACCAGCAAAAUUUUCAGAUUGACCAUGUCUGUAGGGUGGGAGAGAUAUCUGUAGGAAUAAGGCCCAUUGUGAAAGAAGGGGUUUAAUUUUCCAGUUUUAAAGUUCUGUCCCUCUCAUUGUCUUUUUGAUACUUGCAGAUGCUGGUGUGACAAAACACUGUGCUUCACAAAGGUGCAUUAGUACAUGUGUCCACCUGGAUUAGCUCUGUAGUUCUUUCCCUUUUUAGAGCCACACCUGUAAUUCAAGCUGCUUUAACCCUGAGACCAGUAACUCUUGUCAGAUGUCCUUAUGAUAGCUACCCUUACUUAGCCUCCUCCUCUAUUGUGUAGUUUUACAUUAGGUGGUAAUAGUAAGUAUAUGUGAUUGCUCAUUUGGAGAACACUUGGGUAUGGCUAUAACUAAAUAUGUCUGUUUAUAUUUCACAGGCAGAGAGGGGGAAGAGUGGGGCAAGUUUCUGCACACAAAAAAUCAGGUAAGAUUUUUUGAUACAAAAGAAAAAAAUAUAACUAUGGCUCAUGCUAAUCCACAUAAUUUUUGUGUUUGUUUGCAGAUCUACACAGAUUUUGAUGAAAUCAGGCAAGAAAUUGAAAAUGAAACGGAGCGAAUAUCAGGAAAUAAUAAGGUGAGAUGGUUGGUUGAGUCACUUUUGCAUAUUUUCUUACGCAGAUGUUACAAUGUUACUGAAGUAGUAAGUUCAAACCAACUACUAAUGAAGCGCCUCAAAAGAUGCGUUCUGGAGGAGAAGUAGCAAAAAGACGUCUUGGUCCAUGAAACACAAUGAAACUUUUAGGUUAUUCCCAUAAACACAGUUCCCAGAGUAUCAUGAGUGAGUGUUUAUUCACAGUUUAAAAGCCCUUUAUGACCUGAUUAGAAGUCUCUGAGAAUAGAGACCCUGCCUCAUAUAAUAAGCCUCUUUUUGAUAAAAAUAAAAAAGCCUCAGUGUCCCAUUCUUAACUCAGUUGAUGACCUGAGUCAAACCUUAACAGUGUAAUGAAAUAGGACUAACUUGGUGGGCAUUUAUGCUGCUUGGGGAUUAAUUUUAAUCCUCAAAUUUCAGCUGAACUGCUGACUCAGCCUUUAAUACUAGCUAAACUGAAAAGCAAUCACCGUAGACAGCAGUAUCUCUUUAAGUAGCUGCGUCUCUGCCUGGCAGUACAGGGUAGUUACAGACAAAUCCCAUGAAUAACUGAAAGUGAAAGAGCCACAUUUAUUGCAGUGUCAUCUACCUUUGAUAAGUGCAUGCCGAGUAAAUGCUGCCUCAAGAGGUGAAUAAUUUUUUACUUUGACCAUCGCAUGAUACUAGGUAGAUCCAGAGGCGUUUUUAGCUGCUUUAUCAGUCGCAACAUACUUUAACUGUGGAUAAACACAAGCCCUUACUUGGUGAGGAGUCCCUCUUUGUAACUCUGGCUGUGCAGAGGAUAAAGAUACUCUUCUGAACUUUUAUAAUCAUCUGUAACUUUGGCCUCCGCUAUAUGGUGAAGUUUCUUUUUUCAUUUUCUCCAUUAUGUAAUCAGGUCGUUGCUGGUGUCUCAUGUGUAAGAUCUAAAUACAGUUGCGGUCACAUGUUUUAGUCAUGUACCAGCAGCUGUCAAAUGUUCUUCAUCCAGCUAUCUCUGCUGUUGUCACAUUCAGCAGGCAGCAGCUGAUUUGCCACAGGAAUAAUGGCAGCUGCACAAGAUGGUGCAAGUUGCCCGCUGGAUUCAUUCAUACUGUCAUUCAGUUCGUUCCUUCCUUUUUGAGCUUUUCAUUUGCCCAAGAGGUCUGCUCUCCUUUGGCGGCAUGAAGCUACAGCCAUGACCUAGCUCAAGGUUAUACCUCGUUUUUUGGCGUGGUGUUUGAGUUGUAGGACUGCACAUACUAUUUUUUUCACACUUUUACAAUACAAUCACAACACAGCACAGCUCUGAGGGUAUUUUCAGAUUUUUUAAAGACUCAUUUGAUAAAUUCAGAUGUGCAAAUAAGAACUAAUUUCAGCCUGUUUCUUAAUGUUUAACUUAUUUAACUUUAAAACAAAUCUACUUUUCCUGAAACAGACUUCUUAUUUUGUCUUUGAGGAAAGAUGUACCCAUCCUCUCCUUUGACAGGAUGGAGUGGAGGUUUGGGCUGGCAGCAGAUUUUGAUGUAGAAUUUUGUUUUUUCAACCUCAGAGAUUUUGAAAACAUCCCUCUGGGAGGGUAUAUAUUGUAUAGAGAAGUGGACUCACAGCUUUGUGUUCAUGUUUCACAAAUAAAGGAGAGACACAAACUGCCCCUACAGCAGAGUCGCAGCAGGGUCUAAAACAGUGAGCAGAAUAAUUACCUGUCGGGUUAUCAUAACAGUUGUCUUUGAUGGCUGGUAAAAACAGUUUCUUCUCUCUUAAGCAUUAUUUUUUGAGUAUUUAUAAAAGUGUUGGGCUGUUCAAUAAAGAGUCCACGUCUUUUCUUUCUUCGUCCCUCUGCAGGGGAUCAGCGAUGAGCCCAUUCAUCUGAAGAUAUUUUCUCCUCACGUUGUCAACCUCACACUCGUGGAUCUGCCAGGAAUCACCAAGGUAAUGCAGGCUAUUUCCUGCUCUCAAAAAGAAAGCUUUGAUCAUUGUGGACUCCUGGGGAAACCUUAUCUAAUGCUUAAAAACCAGGAUUUACCGUUUUCCCUCACUGGUUGGUGCUUUUGUGUAUUUGAUCCAUGUGGAUUUCUGGGGGGAAAGGAACUCACUCUUGAUUCGUCUAAACCUGCUGUCAGAGCCCAAGUGUGGGCAAGCUUUGAUUCCAGCCUCAUUAGUUUUUCCCCUCCGGUGGAACAUGUGUUAAUCUGAGAAACCCCCUGCUGUCGUCUCUAACCAAUCAGAUUGAGACAUGAAGUGUCUCUUCUUUUAAUUGGCAUUGUUCCCUUCAGGUGCCCGUGGGUGAUCAGCCUAAGGACAUUGAGGUUCAGAUCAGGGAUCUAAUCCUGAAGCACAUCUCCAACCCGAACUGUAUCAUCCUGGCUGUCACCGCCGCAAACACAGACAUGGCCACCUCAGAGGCUCUGAAAGUGGCUCGAGAGGUCGACCCCGACGGUAAGAAAAACUGAAAGGAUCAUUCACAUCAUGAGUUGUAGCACAAAUAGCAAGUAAUAAAACUUAAGAAUGAAUGUGACUCAUCAGGAAGGAGGACAUUGGCUGUGGUGACCAAACUGGACCUAAUGGAUGCUGGUACUGAUGCCAUGGAUGUUCUGAUGGGCCGGGUCAUUCCUGUCAAACUGGGGCUGAUUGGUGUAGUCAACAGGUCAGAAAAACAUCUCUUUAUGUGUGAUGUAUUGAUUAUGCAUUGAUGGAUCCAUUAGUUAUAAUAGAGACAAGGUUGAAGUAAUAGAGAUGAGAGGCUCAGUAGAGAUUUAAAGACAGAGAUGGGUGUUUUGUAAUCCAUUUUUAAUGCUGCAAUCAUAAUCUAUUGAUUCCUUAACUGUCAGCUGUACAUCCACAGUAGUGCAUUUUAAUGAGCAUCCAUUACCUUUAUUCUCCAUGUGUACACUCACACUGUGUCAUGAUGUUGAGAGCUAAAGACAGCAAUGCAAGUGAAAGCUUUUGUUCUGCACAAACAUAAAAGCCCAUUACCGUAUAUAUUAAUAUCUUCCAGUUUUGACCUUUUAUUGCAUUUUCCAUCAUGAACCAGGGUUAACUUUUGGUGUUUGUUGUGUUUGAACUUUCAGGAGCCAGCUGGACAUCAACAAUAAGAAGUCUGUGGCUGAUGCCAUUCGAGACGAGCAUGCUUUCCUGCAGAAGAAAUAUCCCUCUCUUGCGACAAGAAAUGGAACCAAAUACCUGGCCAGAACCCUCAACAGGUAAAUGUGAGAACAAGUAUGAACCAGGACUCAAAGCCUUUAGCUUCUUUGGUGUAGACAGAACUUAAAGAUCCGAGGAUCACUGUCACAGGAGUUUUCAGAGAGGUUUAAAUAAAACAGAAAAGCAAGAUUUUUAGAGAAAAAUAAAGUGUAUUUUGGGGAUUUUGGGUUGUCAUGAUACCAGAAUUACAAGCUUUGAUUAAGAUACUUUUCAAAAUAAAACAACACUGACACCUGUUUGGAUGCCAUGACGACCAAAAUGGGCACUUCAAGGCACCAAAUGUUGUGUAAUUUUCUUGCUCUUCAUUUCCAUUUAACAAACAUCUGUUUAUCAUUACUAGUGGAUAUUUGCCAGCUUGUGAAUGGAUAUUUGCCAGCCUGUGAAUGAGAACAGUUGCUUUAUCCAUGGCAGCCUAAAGUUUGAUGUUUAACUGUAACUCUGUGGUGAUUUUUAUCAAGCCUCUGAUAGUAUCAAACAUUACAAAUAAAAAAGUGGUUUUUGUAUCUGGAGGUUUUAAAAAAAUAUCAAAUAUGAAAAAUUUGACGGCCCUAUUUGAGAAAGUCCUUCAGUGUUAUUUAUUAUAUACCGUGCAUAUAUAUUUUUAUUACCAUGCUUAUGAAAACGUAACCUUUUCAGAGAGACAGAAACAGGAUGCUCACUUCAAAAACUGCAGCUUUUUAUUGUUUGUACGACAAAAAAACUGCACAUAGCAGGGGUAAAGAGUUUUUUUUUUCCAGCAUAUGAGUGUUUGGAUUUUCAUGCUGGGAAAUUUCAGAGAGAAAUGAAAAACAGUCUCUGUCUCUGUACAAAGGGUACACAACAGUGGAGGCUUACACAGAUAUGAACAGAUGUUAAGACUUAGCAGGCAACAUUGUGCCAUAUCAGCAACAGCGAGAAGCAGCCGUUAAAGAAGAUGCCUUUGUCUGUCAUGUAGACAAUAGGAAUUAAUCCUGUCCAAUCACAGAGCAGUCUCAUUCUGCUCCUGCACCAACACAACCUCUUUGCCCUUUCUCUCCGUAAUGUCAGGUUACUGAUGCAUCACAUCCGAGACUGUCUCCCUGAGCUGAAGACACGGAUCAACGUCCUGGCAGCCCAGUACCAGUCCCUGCUCAGCAGCUACGGUGAACCUGUUGAAGACCAGAGCGCUACCUUGCUGCAGCUCAUCACAAAAUUCGCCACAGAAUACUGCAACACCAUCGAGGGCACAGCGAAAUACAUCGAGACGGCAGAGCUGUGAGUACCUGCAUGCUUCUCCUCCUGGCAGCCACAUGGUGAUGCUGUUGAUCCAGCGCAGGCAAAAUGAGCAAAACAACUGCAUUGGUUUCAUCAUUUAAUAUGAUACAACUUGUAAGUUGAGGCACGCACCGGCUCUGUGAAGGAAGAGCUGACAGGAGAGCAGGCCACAGGGUUCACAUCACUGCUAAUAUCCCCCCGCUGCUACUUUUCAGGUGUGGUGGAGCCAGAAUUUGUUACAUAUUCCAUGAGACUUUUGGCAGGACGCUGGAGUCUGUGGAUCCUCUGGGAGGACUCAGCACCAUCGACAUCCUAACAGCCAUAAGGAACGCAACAGUGAGUGCACUGUCUCAUAAAUGUGACAUCAUUAGGGAGCUUUUCUGACUUGUUAGCUCUGUGAGCAAUGGUACAAAACAACGGAAACACAACUCUUCCUGUAGAACACAGUCGACUGUCUCACUUUAAAGAGGACGGUUUAGAAGAAAAAGCCAGCCUUCACCUCCCUCUGCCUUUUCUUCAUCAGGGCCCGCGUCCGUCCUUGUUCGUGCCUGAAGUUUCUUUUGAGCUGCUAGUGAAAAAGCAGGUGAAACGCCUGGAGGAACCCAGCCUGCGUUGUGUGGAGCUCGUCCAUGAGGAGAUGCAGAGGAUCAUUCAGCACUGCAGCAACUAUAGCACACAGGUAAUCAGCUCUGUCAGAGCGGGAAUCAUAUUUAUUUCUCUUUUUCUCAAACAUGAACACUCACAUGCAGGAUGGUUAACUUUUGCAGGAGCUGCAGAGAUUCCCUAAGCUACAUGAAGCCAUCGUGGAAGUUGUUACCUCUCUUCUGAGGAAGAGACUGCCAAUCACCAACGAGAUGGUACCAUCACAUUCAUCUCUUUCUGCAUAUGAGCUGUCAUUGCCUGAGGCUAUUAGCUUUCAUGUCGGAGUGUUUAAUGAGAAGCUCAAUCCCAACACUGUGGUAAUAACUCUGUUCUUUCCUGCUGUAGGUGCAUAACCUGGUUGCCAUAGAGCUGGCCUACAUCAACACCAAACAUCCAGACUUUGCAGAUGCCUGUGGGGUCAUGAAUAACAACAUAGAGGUUGGUACUCAUCACAAAAGAAGUUCAAAUACCAACAAUGCACACAAAGAAAGAGCUGUAGACCUAGUACUUCUCAGCUUUGGCAGGUUAUAUAGUAAAUUAUUAUUUUUAGGUCUUAGAAAGUAUAAAUAACAUCCAGUCAGACUGCAGGAGAGGGAAAUAAACCUGCGUUAAUUCUCAUUUAAUUCAUGUCGGGUAACUUACCGUCAUGGUUGAAUAUUCCAGGUUUUCAGUUUACAGCUAUUACCAUGUUUCUCUUAUCCAGUCAUUAUUGGAUCAAGUUAUUUUAAAUUAAGUUAUAAGUCAUGUUAUAAAAGUCAGAACCUGAGUCAGUAAGAUUCAGACAAAAAAGUUACGUUGGUUAACCUCAUUUAUGACGUUGAAUAACAAGUGGAUCAUGUCAUCACCACCUCUGUUUUGGGAGAGGUUUGACCUGGAGUUGUCAGGAUGCUUGAAAUUUGAACUUCGAUAUGAGACUCCUAAAAAUCAAACAAUACUCAACGUCUGUUUGGAAAUCACAGCAAGAAAAAAACACUCCUGGGGACCAAAAGAGGUCAAUUUUGUUAAUUUGAUUUCUGACCUGCAGUUAGUGCUGGUAUACCAGACUAACCUUUGGUGCACUGUCAAUAGUAAUGAAAGGCAAAUGUGGUUUGAUUUUUCUCCUAAAAGAGGGUGUAUAAUCAGAAUAAAAUAAAGAAUUUGAAUUAUUCAUGAUUUAGAGGGUUUAUGUGGCGAUACGUUAAUCCACACCAAGUCUACUCUCUGUUUAUAUUUUCCGAGUUUCUCUCUCCUGAUGUGGUCAGUUUUUAGACUUCAGUCACUGUAGAGCGUCGUCAAGCUCCCUGCCAACAGUCCUCAGGCUGGGACUAACAGAAAAUAUAAACAGACAAGACAGCAACGUUGUUUCUCUCCUCUGCCCUCUGUCUGUCUGACACGGGCAAAAAUGUCACGUAUGUCUUCAUUAGACGCUAAAAGGACCGCACAAAAUGUCAGUGUUUGGUGACCUAUGAGUGAGGAAGUUUGCUGUAUAGCGGCUGAAGAGCAGAGCGGGUCAGAGGCAGACAGCAGACAGGACAAACAUGUGGCUUAAGCUGCUAAAAAAAACGAAUCCAACAUCUUGCCACACCUUUGUGCAAAGUGGAGGACUAUUUAAAAUUUCUUUGGAACAUAACUGCUGGGAAACAAUCAGAAACAAACUCCUCACUUUGAAAUUUUCCUGCGUGGUGAACUCUACUGGAACUCUCUCUCUUCCCCAUCUAUCUCUAAUUUCUUUAAAAUUUUACCUUAUAUAUUUUGCCUGAAUUACACCCAUGCUGACCAAGAUAUUAUGUUUUUUAUUGUAGGAGUUUCACCUUUUUCUUUUGACUAUAGCUUUUUCAAUGAUAGACCAGUGAUUGAACACACCUGAUUCAAAUGAUCAGCUCGUUAUCAAGCCAUUACAGAGCUUGAUAACGAGCUCAUCAUUUGAAUCAGGUGUGUUGGAGGAGGGAAACAUCCAAAACAUGCAGGACAGUGGGGCCUGGAGGACUGGAUUGAGAACCACUGCGAUAGACUAUUGGCAGUCAGAUAUUUCCAAAUAAGGAAUCAAACCUAUAUGAGUUUGGAGUAGUUAUUCUGUUUGAACAUCAUCCACUUUAUUCUGUUCAGAUUUUCAGAUUAGGUUGUAAAUAUUGUGUUUCCAUAGUGUUGUCAGAGAGCAAAGUUGCAUAUUUGUGGUCAAAACUAGCAGUGGAGCUUUUUCAGGUCUGAUGGAAAAAUAACAGUGUUUUAAAGGUGCAAAAUAGCCUCUUUGAUUUAGUCCUUUUUUCGCGAUAUAAUUUUACAUAGAGGUAUUGGUGCUCAUCGUAGUUUGCCAAGAUGUUCAUGGAUGCCAAUGUUUUUCCAUGGAUCUGUAGGAGCAGAGGAGGAACAGGAUGAGAGAGCUGCCUACUGCGGUGCCCAGAGAUAAGGUAACAACGCUUAAAACAUAAAAUAGCUGUAGCCCAUGCCUUCUUCUAUUUGCUUGCAGUCGGCAGUGUUGGGGGUAUAAAGAUGACUUGUGCUGGGUUAAUCACUUAUAGCACGACAGGAUGAGGUUCUGUGAAGCAAAUGCCUCGGAUAGUUUCCAUCCAGGAAUUCUUCUUCUCUCCUCCCCUCGAAUGACUUUCCGCUGCCAAGCUCCCUCCCUCUGUCUCUCCACAUUUCUUCACUGUGCUUUUUCUCUCUCUUUCUUUCCGUUUCUGCUCUCAUUUUCCUGCUAGUCUGUUGGCAAAGGCUCGGCUGGCCCGACUGUGGUUUCUGGCGAACUCCACGCGUCUGGAGUAGACUUGGAUGGUGCCAAGGUGGGCACGUAUACAGCUCGCUGGCUCUGUGCGGGGCUGCCGGUGGGGAGGGGACGGGUGGAUAGAUAGAUGGACGGAUAGAUGGGUGAUUGGAUGAAUGAAUGGAUGGAUGGGCAUGGGCUGCAGGCAUGCACUCUGAUCUUUGUUUGCUGAUGCCAUGCUUCUUGUCUUCUUGCUCCUCCUCAGCCUGUGUGGACUUGCACUAACAACUGUGUUUUCUGCAGAGUCUGUUCCCUCAAAGCUGCUCCUCCUGUCUCACAGAAAAACCCUCUUCCUCUUUUUUUUCUCUUUCCAACCUCUUAACACUUUGGUUUCCUUUUUUUUUACAAGGUCUAUAAGCAUUAUGUAAUAGUGACAGAUCACUACCAUUGGGCAUUAUCUGCUGAAGCCUUUCUGGUGUGUAGGUGCAGAUUUUCGGUGAACACAUAUUUGGAUAUUUUAGAAGUCGUUGUGUCUGUAUGAAGUCUGCAAUAGGAUGGACAUGUCUGGCUUUUACUGCCAUGUAUGUUUACUGAUUUUAGUAUGCACUUCUAUUGUACAGUAUGAGUGAAAAGAGCAUUAUUAUCAUAAAAUAUUGACUAAAUCAAAACAUUUUGAUUUGCACCAUACCAGGACACACAUUCACACCAUAGCGCUAUGAAGACCACAUCAUAUUUUUGUCAUUAUUUCAUACUAUUGCAUUCCUACUCCGGAUAAAAAUAACAGUCAUUGGAGGGAUUGUCAUGGAAGUACAUGGUGCUGACAUGCAUGUCCCCAGGUGAUGGACCCCUCCUCUUUUGUGAUCCCCUCUUUUUGUUCCAAGCAUCACCACUCCGCCAGUAUUCUUGUUCUUAGUGAGGUCUAUGAAGAGCAAGGAGAUAGAAUGACAUAAUUGAUUUAUUGAAGCUCCUGUGAGAGUUUUCGCUGGUUGUGACACAGAUUGAAAUGAACAUCGAGACACUGAUGACCCACGACAGUGACAAUAACAACGUUUGUAAAAAAAAAAAAAGACUGACAUGUCGUAACUUUUGAUCCCUGUAACUAUCACAAGGGGUUCAGGGCCAGACAUAUUUUCGGCAUGGUUGACAAAAACACUUCUCAACUUUUCCAAAACAAAUAUUCACAGUGACAGAUACACUUGAAUGUUAAAAUGAAGCAUGAUGGGAUUUUGAGUCAGGAAACACAGCUGACACAUAAUCAGGACAAAGCAGCAAAGAGAUAAGAACUGUCUUUUUGUCCACAGGGGGCGCCAAACUCAUCACAAAUAACUUCCCUUUAGUAGUUUUGAUUUGGUCGACAGUCCCAUCAGACUCAGCUUUACUUUCAGUAUUAUGCUAGUUGUCUUAGUAACAUGCCAAGUCCAGGCGGUAAACAUGAUCUGAACUGAACCUGCUUCACAUCAGGAUGUUAAAAUCCUCAUUGUGAGCCCGCUGACGUCAGCACUGUCUGACAGCACCACUGACAUAGCUGUAGACUCUUUGUUUCAUUGUCAGUGAUGGUUUUCUAUUGUAGCGUUUUAAUGGUUCAGUUCACUUCUUGUCUGAGAGCAGUGAAGGCUUCCUCUAAACUUUUAGGCAGAUGUGGAACUCUGUCAGAGCCUGUAUCACGCUCAGUCUGAAUGCUUGCCUUCCAGUUCCUAGAGUGUUUUGCGUACACGCUUGUCUGCCUUGUGGUUUGCAUUACUGCAUAUGAGCCGGUCAUGGUUAUUAUGCUUCAUAAUUUAACCACUCUCUCCCUGUAAAUCCCUUUUUAAAAACAAAAAGUAAGAUUCUGAUCAUUUGCUCAUGUUAGUGUUGUGAACAUAGAGUACAUCUCUGAAUUUAAGCGUUCCUCUGUCUCCCGCUGUUCAGGCCCCAGCAGCAGGGCCUCAGGGAGAGCAGGACAGCACUGGGAACUGGAGAGGGAUGCUGAAGAAAGGAGAGGAAGCUCCUGGCUCUGGACCUGGAAGUCCCCUUAAAGGGGUCGUCAACCUGCUUGACGUGGUAACUGAGCGUUAGCAUGUGUGCCUCUCAUUUUCAGUAGACUACAGUAUAUUUUAAAGGAGAGUCGAUUCAAACAUCCUGUCCUUUUGCCCUCAAGCCUGUGCCAGUCGCGAGGAAGCUGUCAUCACGUGAGCAGCGGGACUGUGAGGUCAUUGAACGCCUCAUCAAGUCUUACUUCCUCAUCGUUCGCAAGAAUAUCCAGGACAGGUAGGCCAGCAGGUUCAUCUUAAAAAUAAAAGAAAAGAAAAGAAAAGAAAUUAAUAAAUAAAUUAAAAAUAAAUAAAUUAAAAAAUAAUAAUAAUAAAUAAAUUAAUUAAUAAUAAGAAUAAUAACAACAAUAAUAAUAAUAACAAUAAUAAUAAUAAUAAUAAUAAUAGUAAUGAUGAUGAUGAUGAUGAUGAUGAUGAUGAUGAUGAUGAUGAUGAUGAUGAUCUGGCUCUUAUGUGAACACCUUGAAAAGACCAAAAAAUCAACAAUGACACUGAUUCCACAAAUUAAUUUUGCUAUUUUGUACAAAUUUAGUUUUUUAUUCUUUGCUGCAGAACUCCUUUCAGGUUGUGCCUUUGAGGUUUUUUAAGGCAACACCAAAAACUCUGUCUUGCUGCUAUGUAUACUUACAAGUGCACCAAAGGUAUAUUUAUCUCCAGUUAAAAAUAGACCCUGCAAAUGUUGUAUUUACUUCUGUUUGAGUUGCUGUCCUAAAAAUAAAUUAAACAGCCGUUGUAGGAAAUCACUGAGUCCCUAAAAAAAGACCAAAUUAUGUAUUUGGGAGCCGUUUGUAAAGAAUCAUGUCAGUAAAAACCAUAGACUGUAGAAAAAGAAUGGACAACGAGACAGAGUCUUUAAAGGGAAGGCAAAACAUUUGGUACUCUCUCACUGCCGAGCUGGGAUGAGUGUCUUGAAGUCAACUUUUGCUCUUAUUGUAGUUGGUUUGUGUUGUGUUAUUUCAUAUUUGUGUUCAUUGUCUAAGAACUUUGGGACACCCUGUCCAAAUUUUAACACAGUCUGUGGUAAAAACCAAUGGGGUCAGAGCUAAAAGCCAUAAAUACAGUGAAUUGCACAACUAUCAGCCAACUGAAAAGCAGGAAUCUCUGAGUGCUCCAUGUGACCAGUUAACUUACAUGUCUGGAGAUAUGUAGAGAUUUUAUGUUUUUUUUGUAAUUGAUAUAUUAUAUUAUAUUAUUGGUACCAAAAAUCAAACCAUAGUAUAACUGUAGUGUAGGGUCCAAUAACAGUAGACUGAUGUUAUUGUAUGUCACUCUUCGUCCACUAAAUUCUUUAACUUCAUCGCCUACUGGGUUUGAUAUUUCUACCUUAGUUAGUAUGACGCAGUCAGCUCGCUACACUGCCUCCUUGUUCUGAGAUAUCUGUCCACUCUGUUUACUCUCUCUCUCUCUGUCCUCAAUAGUGUACCGAAGGCAGUGAUGCACUUCCUGGUCAACCAUGUGAAGGACAGCCUCCAGAGCGAGCUUGUUGGUCAGCUGUAUAAAUCUGGUCUCCUCAACGACCUGCUGACUGAAUCAGAGGACAUGGCCCAGCGGCGCAAGGAGGCCGCUGACAUGCUACAGGUAACACACUCACAUACUGUUGUGUCCCCGAUGAAUUGAAGAUUGUUGGACCGUAUUUUUAUUUAUUUUUCUUAUUUGUUUAUGUUUUUGUCUUUUCUUUGUCUGCAGGCCCUGCAAAGAGCCAGCCAAGUGAUCGCUGAGAUCAGGGAAACGCAUCUGUGGUGAAAACUCAACAAGUACUGAACCUGAUCUGUUAUCACCUCAUUAUGCCUAAAGGACCGAUGCGCCACGCACUCAUCAUGUCUGAACAAGUUUUAGAAAUGAAACCAUGAAAAUGCACUGAUCUGAUCCCUGCUCUAAUAUACAGUAGGUAUCAUGAAGACACUGGAGCCAACCGAAGAAACUUAAGGUAAUUUAGAUUGUUUAAUUAAAAUGCUUGAUGUUGUUAGGUACAUGAAGGAGAAAAAAAAAAAACGCACUGCCUCUUUUAGACAACGUUCAAAACAAGAAUCUAGAAACUGUAGUUGCCUCUCACGGCUUCCUGGAGGAAUCCAAAGUGCAGCCAAAGGCAAAAGUACUUUUCAUUUCUGACAGACAGUGGUUAACCAGAAUGGAAAUGGACCUUUGUGUGAAGUGGAAAUGAAAGUUUGAUGCCAUUUUGGCAGCACCACAAAGCAUUCUUCACAAAGUUAUGGCUCCAGGUUAUAGAAAAAUCAACAAAAUAUUCCUUUUCUCCUCAUCUGCAACCCUAUUCAUUUAGGAGUAGCUGUCAUGUGUCAAAAACAUGGGACCUCACAAGUCAUAGCAGGGAUUGGUUUGCUGCAGUGAAAUAGUCUUGUGUACAUACUCCAUCUCUUUAUCUUUUGCACUGUUGUCACUGCACUGUACUGUAUAGACAGACCGUCAUCCUGACACUGUAUGCCAUCAGAAUCUUUAUUUAUUAAAGUGUUAUCUCGACGUGCGGAUAAUGUAAUGAGCACUGUUGCAGCCUGCUGUGGUAGGUUAUUCGAUUUUGUUUACAUAUCGCUACCUGUAUGUGAAACUAUGGUGCACUGUGGUUCUGUGUAUGUUCCCCAAACAAUUAAACCUUAUUUUAAUGCCAGUUGGAUGCAUUCGCUUGCUUUGAAGCUGUUUAACUGACAGAAACUGUGGGAAUUAAGAAGAAAUAUCCAGACAAACAAGCACUCCUGGGUUUAAAGUACACAUCUUUUUAUUGUUCAGUCUCAAACCAGCUGUUUGUAACGCUGCUGUCUUGUUUAAACAUACGUUAGUGUCAUUCAAGUCAACACAGCUGCUCCUUUUCAGACGCUUCUUUGAAGAACUCCUGCUGAUGUCUUCGUCUAUCUCACCCUGCCCUUGGCCUUGCCUCUUCCUUUGGCGCUGUGGAAAUGCAAACACAUAUUAUUUAACAGUCUAUUAUCUACUUUCUCAAUCAGGCAGCUUUUUCAUUAGAUUCUAGUCAGUAUUAAGUGUUUAUAUAUAUAAAAAAAGAUCUGGCUUUUGUUGGUAAAUUUUGCGAGUAGCUCCUAUGUGACACGCAUGAAAGCUCCUUCUCUGUUUGAAUAAACAGAAGCUUGGUAAUAAGCAGUGUAUUAAAAAAACAAACAAACUGUAACGUGAAGCAUAAAUAGACUUGAGAUAAAUGAUUUUAGCAUCCUAAAAAGGGCAAGAAUUUCCCCAGAUUGACUUUCCAUUCAAGUCUUCUUAACGUGAAAAGAAAAAUAAUAUUGAUGAUAAACUAUUAAAAAA